AUGCCCGUCAUCCAUCUUUCAUUGCGCUCUGCCUUUCCGACUGAUGCGGCGUCAUCAUCAUCCCUCAAGCCGGAAUACAUUGCUGGCUUCGUCAUAGUCGGUGUCAUUAUUUUAGCUGUGGCUUUCUGGCUCGGGGUACGCAAGUACCGCAAGCACGCUCUAGCAAAGAGGGAAUCCCAACUUGGCGCAGCUUUUCUGUCUGUGCGCGGGAUUCGCCCAGAAGAUGAGAAAGUCGAAUCGGCGGGAAAUCCUGGCAACGGGUUUUCCAGGAAUCAAAUGGGACCUGCCAUUGUCCUUCCUGACAAGGUUCUGACACGCCCCGGCCUGGCUAAUCGCGAAGAAAUUGUCAACUUUCACCGACAAUCAGGAAAUUUCCCUCAGGCAUUCUCUGCGAAACCCUUUUCAUUUGCACUCUCCGCUGGUUCACCCAGAACCUCCACACUCGAACCUACCGGUCCAAACCGAACGUCCGUUUUCCGUAACUCCUUUAUGAGCGGCUCGAGUAGUCAAAACCGCUUCUCCGUGAUGUCAACCGCCUCUUCAUCAUCCAGUUUCACAACUGGAACCGCACGCAAAGUUCGGCAGUUAUUUAGUCCCGUCCUUCCGGACGAACUUCUUCUCACAAAACUUGGUGAACACCUCACCGUUGUGCAAUCAUUCGACGACGGCUGGUGCGUCGUUGGUCGGGAGAACAACGCUAUUUUCCACACAGCCAAGUCACUUUUCAAACAAACUCCUGUUGCGGAGAAUGACGUAGAACUGGGAGUUGUGCCAGCUUGGUGCUUCCUGAAACCCGUGAAGGGGCUUCGGGCUGAAAGGCCCGUCCGAAGCACCAGUCUGGGUAUUACUAUUCAGAUGGACGGGCCAGGUAGCGCUUCUCGCGGUGAUCUCGUGUCAUGGUCAAAUUUCUGA